AUGGACUACAGACUUUUAGGGGAGCUCUCAGAAACCCAAAGGAACAAGUGUGGAGGGUGUUAUAGGCAAUUCAACAAGAAAGAACAUUUCGUGGAACACAUGAGGACGUCUUACCAUUCGGUUCAUGAACCUACGUGUGGCAUUUGCAACAAACACUGCCGAUCUUUUGAUUCCCUCCGUGAACACCUCAUUGGGCCAUUGCCGAAACAGGAAUGUAAGAACAUUUUCAGCAUCUGCGGCUGCAGAUUCUACCUUACGAACCUUGAAAGCCCCAACGCUCGUAGGAUCCAUCAGGAGAGAUGCCAAUUCUCAAACGUCAGUUAUGGACUAACUACUCGUAUGGCGGUCUUAGGCCUAAGAGACAAUCCUACAAUCGAUUACACUUCUUCCAGGUCACCACGAGUGGUCGCACUCUCAUGCAAGAUGGUUGGAGGAGGGAGUGAUGAAUCGCUUGACCUAUGCGCGAGAGUUUGCAUAACAGAUGAGAGCGAAAACGUGAUUUUUCACACGUACGUGAAGCCAACAUUGCCCAUAACGAAUUACAGGUACGAGACUACAGGAAUACGACCUGAGAAUAUAAGGGACGCGAUGCCAUUGAAACAAGCACAGAGAAAGAUUAAGGAGUUUUGUUAUGGAGAACCAAUGUGGAAGAUUCGUCCAAGAAGUGGAAAAGCGAGGAUUCUCGUGGGACAUGGACUUGAUAGCCAUCUUGACUGUCUUCAAAUUGAAUAUUCUUCUUCCAUGAUAAGAGAUACUGCGGAAUACCCUCCAUUGAUGAAAACAAGCAAGCUAAGCAACUCGCUCAAGUACUUAACCCAAGCCUAUCUGGGGUAUGACAUUCAUGUGGGGAUGCAAGAUCCUUAUGAGGACUGUGUCGCGACGACGAGGCUGUACAAAAGAAUGCGAUAUCAAAAACACAAGACGGAUGCUUAUCCGUUGGCCUCAGACACGCAUAACACAAAUAACUAUGCGUCCUGGAGACAGAGCGAGCUUGAGAAUAUGUCAGAGGAUGAGUUGCUCAACCUUUCUCGGUCAGACUAUUACUGCUGGUGCUUGGACUCAGUUCCUUGA